CUGCAGUUCUAUGGCUACCUCCCGCAGGCCAGCCGCCAGAUGUCCACGCUGCGCUCAGCUCAGAUUCUCUCCUCGGCGAUUUCGGAGAUGCAGAGCUUCUACGGCAUCCCUGUGACGGGCGUCCUGGACGAAGAGACAAAGGCGUGGAUGAGGUGGCCCCGCUGUGGAGUCCCCGAUAAGAUUGGCGCUCGAGUCAAGGCUAACAUGAGGCGGAAGCGUUACGCGCUGACGGGCCGGCGGUGGAGCCAGGCGCGCCUCACUUUCAGCAUUCAGAACUACACCGAGAAACUGGGCCUGCUCCACUCCUACGAGGCUGUCCGGCAAGCGUUCCGGGUGUGGGAACACGCCACCCCGCUUGUCUUCCAGGAGAUCCCCUACGAGGAAAUCAGGCACAAGAGGAAGGAGGCAGACAUCAUAGUGCUCUUUGCCUCCGGAUUCCACGGCGACAGCUCUCCCUUCGACGGGGCGGGGGGCUUUCUGGCACACGCGUACUUCCCCGGGCCUGGAAUGGGAGGGGACGCCCACUUUGACUUGGAUGAGCCUUGGACUCUGGAGAACGCCGACGUGUCUGGGAACAACCUCUUCCUGGUGGCCGUCCACGAGCUGGGCCACUCGCUGGGCCUGGAGCACUCCAGCAACCCGGAUGCCAUCAUGGCCCCCUUCUACCAGUGGAUGGACACAGAGCACUUCCAGCUGCCGGAGGACGACCUGCGGGGCAUCCAGCAGCUGUAUGGUUCUCCUGGGGAGCAGCCCAAGCCUACAAAGCCACUUCCCACGGUCGUGCCCAGAAAGCCGGGCCACAAGCCCCCCAGGCCGCCGCCACCUGGCAAGCCCGACUGGCCCCCCCGGCCAGGCAACCCCGACCAAUAUGAGCCCAACAUCUGUGACGGGGACUUUGACACAGUGACCAUGCUGCGCGGGGAGAUGUUCGUCUUCAAGGGCCGGUGGUUCUGGCGCGUCCGCCACAACCGGGUGCUGGACAACUACCCCAUGCCCAUCGGGUACUUCUGGAGGGGCCUUCCCGGGAACGUUGAUGCUGCAUACGAGCGGCAAGAUGGGCGAUUCGCCUUCUUUAAAGGGAAUCAGUACUGGCUUUUCCGAGAGGCAAACCUCGAGCCGGGCUACCCGCAGCCCCUGACCAGCUACGGGCUGGGCAUCCCGUACGACAAGGUGGAUGCCGCCAUCUGGUGGGAGCCAACCGGGCACACCUUCUUCUUCAGAGGGGACAGGUACUGGCGCUUCAACGAGGACAGCCGCACGGUAGAUCAAGGUUACCCGAGGAAAAUCAGCGUGUGGGCUGGAGUCCCGAACGCUCCCAGGGGGGCAUUUUUGAGUCCCGACGCAACCUAUACGUACUUCUACAAAGGCCGCAUGUACUGGAAGUUCGACAACGAGCGGCUGAAGACGGAGCCCGGCUACCCCAAGUCCGUCCUGCGAGACUUCAUGGGCUGCCACGAGGAGGUGGCCCCGAACCCUGAUCCCGGGCACAGGUGGCCUGACACCGGCCGGCCUCCCUUCACCCCGGGCAGCACCGGGCAGGGCGAGGAGGAGCGGAAAGGCCGUGUGGACGCGCAGCCCCCGGAGGAGGACGCGGAUGCCGGCGCGGAUUACGGCGCCGGCGGGGGGGAGCGGGGCCACGGGGAGAGCGGAGGGGGCGACGUGGACAUCGUGGUGCACGUCAGCGACUACCCGCUCGCCCUGAGCGUGGCCAUGGCCGCGGUGCUGCUGCUGCUGCUGCUGGGCGUGCUGGCCCUGGCCUACGUCCUGGUGCAGCUGCAGCGCAAGGGCCCGCCUCGCAUCCUGCUCUACUGCAAGCGCUCGCUGCAGGAGUGGGUCUGAGGCCGGCUGCCGCCAGGGCCCCGCAGUGCUCCUGCCGCCUCCCCGAGGGGCGGCCCUGCAGAAGAGGGCGAGGCGCCGUCCGCUGCCUCGUUCCCUCCGGCGCCCUGCUGGCUCUGUCGCCUUCCGCCUGCAGGAGGAACUGCCGAGGCCUCUGGGGAUCCCGUGCCUUCCCACAGAGGGCUGCCGCUGCAGAGCGGCUGCGGUUCAUGCCUCCGGGGGCGUGCGUGGGCACGUGCCUCCCCCUUGACGUCCUGCAGGAGGUUCCUUCCCGUGGAGCUCGUUCCCCGCCCUUGGAUCCAGCACGUGCCCGGGGACCCAGAGCCCCGUGGGCGAGGAUGGAAGGACGACCGGCCGGGAUGGGGAGGCUGCCUUCCAUGGCGGAUCCGUCCCGCCCUCCCCGCAUGUGCUCCCGAGAGAGUGACUCGCUCCCCGGCUCCGUCCUGUGCUCCUCCAGCAGACGCAGGCUGAGACGCGGAGGGCAGCCGGCUCUCUUCCUGCCAGAACCUGGGGGCCGUCCUUCUGCUUGCUUGGAUGAACCUUGUGGACAAGUUGUCCUGAUGGGGCUGCGUGUGAACGACUGAUAUCCUGAAAAGCUUGCCUUUAAUUUUUUAAGCCCCCAUCUGCACCCCAGCAAGAGCAUCGUUGAUUGCAGAGCAAGAUUUGGGAAACUUUUCUACUGUAUUUGCAAGUGCCAUUUACUACUGCCGGUAUCACUGGAGCCAGGGUUUGGGGCUGGGGGAGCAGCUGAGCCGGGCUCCCCCCCCAGGGGCUCCUGCUCCUGCCAAGUGACUGCUGCCAAUGCUUCUUGUUCCCUUUCCGAUUUCUCCUUUCUCCGUUGCUCUGGCCCUGGAUGGAGAUCCCGGGGGGGGGGGGGCCCUGCGGGCAGAAUGCCCAUCUUGGGGUUCCUGUGGCAAGUGGGGGUGCUGAGCCCUCCCCGUCAAGGGGGACAGCCACUUGGGACUGCA